UGUUGUUAGUGUCUCGCGUGUGAAAAACACUUUAAAUUAAAAUUGAAAAGUCAAAAUUAAAUUAAACUCACCAAUUUGAUGCACUCAAAGUCUGAUUCUACAAGAAAUCGUACAACUUUGCCGUUUUCAACAAACGAAUAAAAAUCAAAUAUUAUUAUUAACGGUAAUUAGUGGCACUUGUGAUUGCGUGAGGUGAUUUCAAUGACUCAUUGAAAUGAUAUUUUUUGCAAAAGGAUGUGCAGCGUUAAAAUUUUUGAUAAAAAAGAGCACUCAAUACACAAACUGCAACGAUACUCUGGCGGCACAUGUGAAAAUGAUAAGAUCAAGCUGAAAACCAUCUUCCUCGCCGGUAAUAAGAAGCGUGCUUUGUGCAGGCUCUAAGCUGUAUUUCACUUUUUAGUAAACGUUAAUUAAUGUUAUAAUGACACCCUGAAUUAAAAAAAAUCUACAGUAUCGAUUUUGAAUGUUCAUAGUUUCGAGAAACUUGGACUCUUCAAGAUUAUAUCCACAAUACGUGUAAUAUCAAAGUAUUUUUAAAGAACAGUAGUGACAUUCUUUCAUUCUCUUUGCCUCGCCAUUAAUAACCUUUUCAGAGAGUUCUUCUAAAGUUUAGCCCUAACAAAACGAGUAAAAUUUAUCGUCGCUCUACCACUGGAGCUCCCGGUUCGAGUUUUCGUUUGUGCUUGAGCGUGUUUAUGUGAGUGUGUGUCCUAAAGUCGCAUCGGCGCUUCAACAAAAAUGACCGUUAUUUGCAACUCUGCAACAGUGCAACAGUUUAUUUUUGCAACAUGAUUUAUUUGGCUCACUUUCACUCAGCGCCAUGCAGCCGGCACUCAUACGACCAUACAAAGGUUUGCUAGCCACAAUGCCAACGUAUUUUAACACAGUUUAAUUGCGGUUGAGGCGAAACUUAUUUGACAUUUUGUUUUUGGCACUUGUGUAGUUGGAAAUUUAUUUGACAGGAAGUGCAGCGAAAUGAUUACGGAAAAUUUGCAUUUAAUCUGCGAAAACAUGUUCUGUGAUUUAUAGGAACACAUGUGGAAAAGGUUGUAAAAGCAAGGCAGUAGCGUCGCGCUGUUCAAGUGCACUGGGAGUCUCAUAAUUUCCGGCGAGAAAAACACUUGCAGACACCCGCAAGAGUUGCCACCACCGCACGCCACGCGUUCAACAGCAAACAACCGCCUGCCUCCAAAUUCCAAUUGCGGCUCUCAAUGGCAUUGUGUCACUAGCAAUUCAUUGUGAGACGCUCACGCCUAGCCCCUCCACUACCACUCAUUUGGGUGCGUAAACUUCUGUAAAACUAAACACUUCGGUAUAUUACCAGGUGUCACAACGCUAAUUUACUCAGUCUUCAGCCAUUUGGGUCAAAGGACAUGCCAAGCAACUGAAGUCAUUCAGCAUAAAAGCAUAAAUGCUCUGACCCAGAUUCCUUUAUUUAUUUCUUAUCUUUACAUCGACAAGAACACGGUGUGCGCCGCGUUCGCAAGAACCGUUAGCGCGAAUGUGGGAAAAAGAAGUGCGAAUAAGUAUAAGUGUGCCAUAAAAUCCGCAUGAAAAUAAGAAAGAAAAGAGUAAACAAAGGAAUGCAAGUAUGUGGGUGGUGGCGGGGUCGGUGACAGUGCCAGAACACACACACAUACACAUUUCAAUGCACAAAACAAAAAGGAAGUCGAAAUCUAUAUUUAGCGACAGCUUUUCGGUCAAAGCAGAGCCCAAGCUUUAUAAGCGGAACCAUCAAAAUGCGCUGACCAGCGGGGGUAUGGCGCACAAAAGUAGGCUAAAUACUUAAUAAGCGAAAGAAAAGCAAAAAUCCAUGCCAAAUUAAUUUCAAUAAUAAUUUUAUACUGAAAUUAGGGCAGCGAAGCCCUAAGUCCCUUUGAAUGGCCAGGUGAUAUUGAUGCUUAAUUAUUUUGAGUGAAAAGUUUAUUCAUCUAUGUUGGCGUUAUUUCUGUUUUUCUGACUGUAAGUACGAAUGUAAAAGAUUGUCGUAUGUUUCUAAAGCGUCACAAAUUUAUUGCGCUUGGCUGAUAUCUACUACAGCUAAUUCGCCGGGUUCGUAGAAAGUAUGCAACCAAGAUACUUUAACCCUAGUCGACGAUUCCACUAUGGUCAGACAUCCAGACAAUUUUGAAUAUGGAAGUAACUUUAUGCCAAAGCUAGUGAGAUCAUGCACGUUUUGACUAGCUUUCAGCUCACUGUCUGCUUGAAAGAUACUUCAAGAGUUGGUUGAGAGCUCGCGGCAGUAGACUGCCUCUCGCAUCUUCAUAAAACUUACUGCGCCCCUUCUCCAGUAACUUCACUCCUAGAAAUUUAUCUCUAACCAUGAGAGCAACAUUAUCUUCAUCGGCUAUAAUCCGACAGCCUCAUCCCUGGAGUUCUUUCAAUAUAUCUAACAUAUAUCAUAAAAGAGGCAGGGGACUCUGAAGACUUCUCGUGAUUUACUAUGAGUAAUUUGUUUAGAUAAUUUCUUAUGAUUAGUCGUCAGUAAUCAUUACUACAUUGAAUUGAAAAAAUACAAAGACGACUUUGCAGUAAACACUUAUUUGUUUUCAAGAUUACAUACAUACUAAUAUAUAUACGAAACUAAGUAGCCGAAUGUGUGUUUUAAUUGCUCACUUGUUGUUGAUGAUUUAUAAUCGCGCGGGCCAUCUCGUGGCAUGUUGUGAAGGCUGCUUAAAUUUGAUGCUCUCUUUCACACAACGAUGCCUGAAUUCCAACAGCCAGCCACUAACAACGGUAAAAUGUACAAGACCAAAAAAAUUAUAGCUAAUCGAAAUAAUGAAUGCUUACUUGUGCCCGUGGUAAACAUGAAACGAAGCGUGAAAUUUUAAAGAUUCGCCUCAGCCCACAUACACACUCACACGUGCAACUGCAGCAUUGCUGGCACGUGCAACAUGCGAUGCACAAAGCGCGCAUAGUUACCGCCAACGAAAUGAAACGUCGUGGCAGACAAGUGACGAGCGUCUGCAACACUUGCCAUUGGCCCGUCGGUGUAGUAAAGUGUCCAGUGCGGUCUUUGCGCGUUGCCAUCUCCCACUGCUCGAUUAAAGUAUUAAAGCGGCAGCUUUGGCGCUCUCAACUGUCCUUUUGUGUUACGCGUCAGCCUUUCAACUUUUAAGUGCGCGAUCGCCAAAAAAAGUAGAGAAAAGUGUCUUCCGAGAUCUAUGUGAAGUCUUGUAAUGGAUUACUUCUCCUUCAGAAUUUUUAAUGUUUCCUUUGCUUAUAAACGUUUUGUAGAUGUAAACUUUUGGCGGCCAUCAAAUCACGAAGUAACUUCCGGAACAAUCUUCCAUGCACUGUAUAUGUAUCUUCGAGUAUCGUAGAAAAAUGAAGGGCAUUUACAUCAACAAAUACAAAAUAAAUAGGUUCUACAAGCAACUCAAACGGGCUACAAGUGGCUAAUCCAUACAUGCACAAAUCUCCAAGCAAAAACCAAAACUCGAAUAAAACGUUUUGCUUUCGGUUUGAAGUCUGCGAGCGCACAUCAUGCAUGUUGGAAGCAAGACGUUGUAACUGCAAACUCGAACAUCCAACAUCGAACUUCACAUAUACCAAGGUGUAUCUCAACUUUCUUACACAAAUGCAGAUAAAUGCGGACGUAUUUUGUCUUCACGCGCCUAAAAAACUACCAGGUCGAUCUCAACGCAUUGCGAACGAAGACUAUGUGUACAGAUUAGCAGCGCUUUCUCGUCACGAGAUACACACAGGCAAAAGCUUUAUUGAAACAGCAAUCGUCCUCUACACCAAAAGCCACCAACGUUCGAUGUUAAUAUGAACUAUAAGCCAUCAUCUUCAUCCUCAUCUAACACUCCCCCACACCAAACAGCGUAUCCACCAAGAUCCGCAUCGAACUCCUCCUCGAACACGCACAGCACACCAACACUCACACCGGCAAUCAUUCCUCUAGACUACAAUUAUCAUACAAUGUCACCAUCUUCAAUAUCACAAUUUCCCAACGGGCGCAUUACCUCUGCGGCCACCUCCACCACAAGCGGUGCUUAUCAUUUGCACACACAUUCCCGGGUCAGCAGUACGCGCCCUUCCGGCAGCACCUCAGUCGAUGUUGAGAUGGAUAAUCAGUAUAACAGUCUUUUCGGUGAUCCUGUUCCACCGCCACCUCCACCCGAUUUUCUUACUUCACAAUUCAAUCCCGUUAGCGUUUUCCAUCCAGUAUCGUUGGACAUCAGUUCUGGCUCUGAGGAGGACACUAGUGGCCGUCUCGUUUCAUUAGAAGUUGAAAGGGCCGCACCCACACGCCUAUUUUCUAAUGUACCUUUCAGUUCCGCCUUUAGUAGACGCAUGUCUGAUAAUGCAACUCCCAGAAACUUUGACGUGCUUCCAACUCCCAUGCCGCGUCUUCAACCGCCAGAUAUUCAAAUAUUACCGAAUUCCAGUGGCGAUUCAAGCUCUGAAGCACGGGAGUCACCAAAUUACACAUUACUCGCACCCGACACAACAAAUCGUCAUCACACAAUAUACGAUGAUAGGCAGCCGGCAGAUGUAACGGAAAUAGUAGAGUCUUAUGAAGUCAGAGAUACAAAAGGUGUCCGCGAGUACUCGGAGGCAACAAGGCGUGUAUCUAAUUUUAGUGAAGAUUUCAAAUCGAAUGUUGGAGCACUGAGCAACGUUGAAAAUCCGCAUAUGGAAAAUUCGUCUUCUUCUGCAAAUCAUCCAUUUCCUCAUCAAUUUCCGAACGAAUCGUAUACAAGCAACGAAUGGUUUCGGCCAGCAACUCAAGAUUACCCUGAAUUCAGCAAGAUACCAAGACUGCGCCCAAGUUCCAAGAAUGUUAUGUCGAUUAAAAGAGAAGACAUGCCAAUGCACCACUCUCCGGUUGCAGCAAUGAUAAAUGAUUCGAAUGGUUCUAGUAGUGGAGAAGAACGACUGGAUAGGGCACAUACUGCAGACAACUCAACAGUGCCUUUGACUAGUUUCAAACCACCAGCUAGACCACCAGACCCGUCUCCAACGCUGCUCCGUGAAAUUGAAACAGAAUUAUUGCUCUCUCCUCAAGAGUAUUUGCAACACGAAGACGAAAGUCCUCUAGGUGGUUCGAAUCAGGUGACACCACCGCCUCCAGCUACUCCACCACCGCCGGAUCUUCUAACUGCAAUGCCUGACGAAAGUCAAAGUUUCAUCAAACGCGAGAUGUCACCCGUGAUAUUGCGUAACUUAAUAGCCACUGGGGGGGAAUUUAGGGUUGACCAGACACGUCUUCACAAGAAGACAUCAUUUACAAUUAUUUCAGAAAAAUCACCACAAUCCUCACGCACUCAUAGUCCAUCUCCACACAGCCACCAGCAGCUGUCACCACAAAAAAUGUCCGCCAUAUCGCCAGUGAAACCUGUUGCUAAACCACGACAGUAUUUGCAACAUAAAUCCUUAUCAGCCUCUCAACUCAAGUUGCCACAGUUGUCACAACAGAAACUUCAAGCUCCCGCCGAUGACUCUCCUCGCCCUUCUGUACAAUUUAACAUGACUGGGCGACAUACGCCAAACAUGAUGACUCAACGUGGCAUACUGCAACAUCGUGAGUCACUGUCAUCAUCGCAAGAUAUUACACCAUCAUCCCCUUCAGCGGGACCCAAAACAAAAUUGCGUCGACCUUCGACACUGCCAACAUUUGCCAAACAAGCAAAUGAAACAAAAAUAAAAAGUUGUGAAACUCUACCUUUUAUCACCGAUCCAUACCGUACUGCUAUUCCACGCUUCAAUCGCUCCGUCACAGAUCUACAUAUAGAGCCAGCAGUAUUUCCACCAGGCGCGUUGCCUCGCCCCAUUAAGCCCAACCCCAAUCCCACUCGAAAACAAAAGGGUUUGCUCCGCAUACUAAAUGGGAACACUUCGAAUUUACCAUUACGUUCAAACUGGACGAGUAUGGAGGACCUGCCUCUUGGUAGGCAGCUUAAAACUCCUCUUGCAACACCUACACACAUUUUACAGAGUCGUCGACGCUCAAGCUCCACAUCGCCUGAGCGUCGUAGUUCGACACAAACAGCUUCAGAUCGGCGGAGUUCCAAUAUAAGUUCAAUUACCACAUCCGAUUUUAGUUUUCGUUGUUCUCCAUUGCCGCUACAUCAGCAACGUAGAAAAUCAGUAUUGCCAGCUAUAAGCCCCAAAACAAAACGUCGACAAUCUUUAAUACCACCAGCAAGUUUGACUGGUGGCCGAACAUCGCGCACAAAAGUUGCUAAGCCUUCUACGCUUUCACCCAUCAUUGGUACACCGAACAAAGAUAGUAGCUCACCACAAAGUCCUGAACAAAAUAUUGCUGGUUCAUUAGCACCGUCAGAAGCAUUUUCGGAUAUGACAUCUCGGCGGGAAUCACUUUCGAAGAUACCUUUGCGCUCUUCAAAUUCGCGACCAAUUUCGCGUUCUUCGUCGCCAUUGAAGGAAUUUAUGUCUCAAUUGCCAAUAUCUGAUAUGAAUUCAAGAGGAACAUCUAGUCGCACAACUUCUCGAGCUACUGUUAGGACCGAUGCUUCCCAAUCAGUUUCACGUGGCAAUUCCAGACCGGCAUCACGUUCUACUUCUCGUGCAUCUACCCAUCCAAUAUCGCGAGCAGCGUCACGUGCUAGUACACGACCGAAUUCACGAAUGGAAAUGGCUAAAGAAAUAGCCAAUUCCCGAUCUAACUCAAGAAUGAGCAUACAUUCAACAGUAUCAAUUACCGGUAAUAUUUCCCCUAUUUCUGGAAAAAGAAGCACUGAAACUUCACCAGCUACCACGCGGCGGCGAACAUCCAUUUCUGUCAGCCCAACCUCAAACAGAAGAGUACGUACACGGCGACAGUCACUCAGUCCACCUCACAAAAAGAGGUCAGGAAGCCGUGGGAGAGGGAAGAAAAUUAGGGAGCGAUCUGAGUCGCGGCAUAGUUCGCGAUCUCGUAUACCAUUAAGGGCUAGUAGUGUAACAAAAGCGAAGCAAUCGCCAUCAGUGGUUCCGAAGGAGCUAAAUAGCCCUUCACUCUCGAAAUCAAAGGGUGCAAAAAUCGUUAGUCGAACAUCGCCCGCGCGAACUCCAUUAAAUCAACGGAGUAAACCAAAAAGUGCCAAAAAAGUACCGUCAUCGAUACAUAAACCCGAGUCUAAUGUGAAACGCAAACCAACGUCAGUGGACAAAUUGACGGCGUCUGGUAAAAAACAACCAAGUAAUCUUCAAAAGCAAGAAAGGGUAAACAUCAUACGAGAACGUUCUAACGUACAAAAGAAAGAAACGCCAAAAGCUGGCACAGGAAAAAAUAUACAGCGUGAAGGCACGGCUGCAAAAAUAACCACAAAGAAAGCGCCUGCUAAUUCUUCUGCAGCGGCUGUGGCUUUGGCGGCAAGUGGACUAAAACGUCAUACUACAUCAAAAAAUUCAACGAAGCUUACUACCAAGGGCCAAUCGGUAACAACCAAAGGAAAAGGAAUAGAGGCUAAAGCAGAAACAGCGAAAGGGAGGAAGGGUGACAAUAACGGCGAAAUAAGUAAGCAAGAAGAAGAAAAAGCAACUUCGAGUAAAGAAGAUGCUAGUAAUCUAAAAAAUGGUAGCCCUGUGGGAAUCGAAGCAACAAAAAUAGCUGCAAUACCUGCAGGGGUAGCCGCUGUCGCUGCUACUUCCGCAAAAGGCGCACCGAACAUCAGUUCUGGUAGCACGGGAAGCAGCGGAUCUACUUCAGGUAUCAAAAGGCAUCCUUCCAACGUAUCACUUGUACGUAUGGCUUCCCGAAUGAGUCUGCUCAGCAUGAAGCGCUCCGACAGCAACCUUAGCAAGAAGACAACUAUCCCGGCGGUUGCUGAGGAGACAACUGACGGCUUGAAAAAGAACGCAAAAGCAGGAUAUUUACAAAAAACCAAUAGUCGCACACAACUGAAGACACCUGAAGAUAUGGCUGGUCUACCUGCAGCAAUAUUAGAGAAAUCGCAAAAGACGUUGGAGAAUAUUCAAAAGACUGUUACCGUCGCGACAGAUGAGAUUCAUAAAACCAUUCAUGAAAAUCUCACCGAUUUGAAAAGUCUCGAAAGUGAUAUGGGUCGGUUUUCAGAUAGCGCAGGAUCACCCACAUCGAGUGUAGCUACCGUUGUGGAAAACAAACAGGCUGGCAAAGCAGGUGCUGCUAAUGGUGAUGAGAGUGGCGCGACCGGAGAAUCGAUCUCACGCACAGCGACCGCUGAGGGACCAACCUCAACAGCGGGCAUGAAAAAAAUGACGCACAAAAAUGGUGGUAACGGUGUUAUGCCUGCGACGCCUACACAAAAAUCUCCACUACCCCCUACACAACCGAUCGAGGCAGAUGUUUCAGUCUUGAACGCGUCCAUGCACGCUACGGAACAUGUCACUGUGGCUGCAGCAGCCGCAGCAGCUGCCACAACGGGCGCCAUGGCGAUGCCACAUGCGGGCGUCGCAGAUGCUACCGUCGAACGGGUUAGUGAACGUGCUUUAUCAGUAUCAGUUAUGCCAGAAGUUGACUGUGACGAUGCAAAUUUCCAGAAUUACACAUACAAUGGGGACGGUGCAGCGGACAAAACAGUGGACGGCGCAAUAUUGGAUCAUGCAGGCCGUGCAAAUGUCACUGAUGCGAGUGGAAACGGGCGGAAUGGAGUUGGCAGCGAUGGCGGCAAAGGAGAUGGUGCUACUGACGACGAUAUAAAACGACGCUCGCCGGAUGGACAGGGCGGCUCUGCGGCGGGCAGUGGCAACGGUAGCCGAGAGUUUCUGAAGGAGCAAGAAGACGACUCCGGGACGCCGACCGGUUGUUGCCGCUGCUGCACGAAAUUCUGUCUUCCAUGUCGACGGCUACGGUGCUCGCGUUGCUGUCGUCGCAAAAAGAGCCUGGCCGGCGAUGAAAGCGAGGAGCCGGUGCUCUCUGCGACCAGCAGCGCCUCUACCACCAACCUCGAGGUCAUCGAUGAAGCGCGACAUCCAACGGACGGCGACAAAACCAAAACGAGCUGUUGGCAAAAAUUGAACUGCUGCAAACGUUGUCGCAAGCAGCCGAAGGUGGCUGCCAGCCACACUGAUGAGAGCACAAAAAUGACAAUGGCGUCCAAAACGGAGUCUGUAGCGGCAGCAACCGCACCUACUGCACCCAAACAAGGCGGCUGUGGCGCCUGCUGGAGUAAAUUAUUUUGUUGUCGUCGUGUCAACAAGGUCGAUCCCACAACUGGUGAUGAGACGGAAUUGAAGAAGUGUUGUUUUUGUAUACCUUGUCGACGCAAGAAAGCUGGACGGGGCGCAACCAUAGCCUCGACGGUUUCACCGACUGGCUCGGUGGCCUGGCAAGAUCCCGAAAGUGGUAUCGCAGCUAGUGAUGCAUCUGUUUUGGAGGGUGCCACUUCGUCAGAAGCAGUGCGACCACAGGGUUGUUGCAAACGGUUUUGGAGCAAACUGCUGUGUUGUCGACGCAAAAAGUUGCCGAAGCCAAGUGAGAGUCGGCGCGCAAGUAUGAAGGCGCCACCACCGCCAAGUGAGGACACUCGACGCAAGCUACAUGUGGACCUAGUAGAGUAUAGCUCAAAAAUGAAAGGCGCCAUUCCAGUAAUGCCGCUCUAUUUAGCCUGGUUUUGCGCUAUUUGUAACACUAUCUUUCCAGGACUAGGCACCUUAUUCUCGGGCAUUUUCUGCCUUUGCGUUGGCAUACCGCGCUUUUCGCAAUACGACAGCGCAAAAGCGCGGUUUGGUUCUUUCAUAAUCAACAUAAUCGUUGCUAUAGCGCAACUGUUUUGCGUGCUCUUCUGUUUUGUCGGCUGGGGCUGGUCCAUUUGGUGGGGCACAAUCAUGCUGAAAUGUGCAAGAAAGCUGAAUAAAAUCAAGAAGGUUGAGCGUCUGGAAAUGGAGGAGGAGCGUCGCCAAGCAGAGGCAGCAGCCGCAGCAGCAGCAACAGCGGCGCGAGCGGCAACUCAUCCCACAGCGGUGACCACCACCACCACAGAGAGCGCCACUUAAAGAAACGUUAUUGAUAUUUGAAACUAAAUUGAGGAAAAAAUACUUUGUAAGGAGCUUAAAGAUGUAAUUUUUCGGAACAUAGAUUUUAGUUUGCGUUUUAAUGAUACCAAGGACUUCCAAAAAACUUCCAAACGCUAUGAAGUGCUAGCAAAGAUAAAAUCUUCCGAAAGACGCUUCCGUUGGUGAACAAUUGUAACGCACAAAAACUACGGUUAUCAAGUAAUAAGUGCACAGAGUCAUUUACUACACCGAGACAGAGAGAGAGAGAGAGAGAGAGAGA